AAACAUUCACGUCCUGCGAUGUUAUUAUCACGUGAUCGCCCCACCUCGAGCACGCUAGUACUUGCCAUCACUGAUAAACUGUUGAAGUUUAGCUAGUUUACGGCCUAUUGUGAAGGUGUAGUGCCGUCAGUCUAGCGACCAGGCUGCAAAGCGUCAGGAUGAUGGUUUCGUGGUUUCUCCGUGUCAAGCCUCCCUUCCAUCGCCAUCUGAGUGUUUGCUCUUCCUCCAGCCACAGAGCUGUCAUAUUUGACAUGUUUGGAGUGUUGAUCCCAUCACCGCUCCCUAAAGCAACAGAAUGGGAAGAUGAGAAUGGAGUCCCACGUGGCACGAUAGGCCAAGCUAUAAGGGCUGGGGGCAAUAACAACUCCUGGAGGAAAUACAUGAGAGGAGAGCUGGGGCCAGAGGAGUUUGUGGAAGCCUUUAGUCGAGACUGCAGUCAAAUUGCAGGCUUCAAGGUCCAUACUGGCUCUUUCCAUUCGGCCCUGAGCAGUGACUCCAUGUCACGGCCUGUGACCGUUAUGAUGGAUGCUGUGCAGUGUGCUCGUGCUGAGGGGUUCAAGACCGCUGUUCUUAGUAACAACUUCCUGUUGCCUGGAGGAAAGUCCUACCUCCCUCUGGACAUCUCUCUCUUUGAUGUUAUAGUAGAGUCCUGCAGAGUGGGUUUAUGUAAGCCAGAUCUCAGGAUCUAUCAGCUGUGUGCCGAAAGACUGGGAGUCUCACCUCACGAAGUGGUGUUUCUGGAUGACUUGAGUUUCAACGUGGAGGCUGCGGUACAAUUAGGAAUGCAUGGCAUCAUGGUUAGAGAUCCUGGAUUGGCUGUGAAGGAGCUGGAGCAGGUGCUGAAGGUACCAUUGUCUGGCUAUAGGCCUGGAACCCUUUCUGUUGGAUUGAAUUGGCAGCUCCCUAUGAACCAACUUACCCAAUAUCUCAAGAAAGCUACUCAGCUUCCACUUACAGACCACAUUAUGAGCCAGAGUUACUUGACUGAUUCCACAUACCUGUUGAGCUGUGGACAGCAUCGGUUUGUCCUCAAGAAGAAACCAAGUAAUGAAGCUCUGCAGAAGGAAAUCAGGCUUCUCAAGGCCCUUAAAGAAGCCAGAGUCCCUGUACCAAGUGUUAUUGCCCAACAUGAGAUGUCCAGCAAUGUCCUGGGAACCCCAUUUUACCUGACAUUAUACUGUCCGGGUCGAGUGUUUACUGACCACUCUAUACCAGGAGAGGAUCCUCAAGGGAAGAGACAUAUAUAUGAGACUAUGAUAAAAACCCUCUGCCAGAUACACAGAGUUGACCUGAAAACCACAGGUUUAGAGAACCUUAGAGAUCCAGUUUGUAUUUUAGGUGACUUCAUGGAAUCUGAAGUGAAAAAGUGGGCACAGCAGUUUAAGGCAAACGAGAUUCAGCCCAUUCCUGCUGUGGAUAGACUGAUAGACUGGCUACUGUUGCAUCGCCCUAAACAUCAGAGAACCACACUGCUCCAUGGAAGUUUCAGCCUGAACAAUUUGGUGUUUGACUCAGAGACCCCUGAUGUGAGGGCAGUAUUGGGCUGGAGUCUUUCUACUGUAGGAGACCCACUUGUGGAUCUGGCUUCCUGUUGUAUGCCCCACUUCCUUCCCCCUGUUGCUUCUACACAACGAGGGAGGAAGUUUGUUCCAAUGGGUAUUCCAAGUGCAGAGGAAAUAUUUGAGCUGUAUAGCAAAGAAAUGGGAUUGGAGUAUAUUCCAAACUGGCAGUUCUACAUGGCUUUCUGCUUCUUCCGCCAGGCUGCUAUCUUACAGACAAAUUAUAAAACUUCAUUCAAAGGCACUACAAACACAAGUGAAAUAGAGGACAUUGCACACGUGGCAUGGGACUUUGCCACUAAAGAAGGCUUCCGUAUCUUUAAUGCUUUGCCUGGAUCAGCAAGUCUUUCAGAAAAAUAAUGACAGUACAACAAUAUUUUACAGAAAGCAGGCAAGAAACCUGUUUUGUUCUUUGCUGUGCUCUACAAUCAGGUAUUAGGGAGUUUGUGUGCUAAUCAGUAAGCUACUAGUCUGGCCCUCAAGGCAAAGAGGUAAGGGUUGCACAGUAUGGCCAAAGGUCCAGUAAUAGUUAUGAUUCAAAACCUGAUCUUGUUGCUGUGUCACUGACUAGCACCACAUAAUGGCUUGUUUGUACACAUGGCUUUUUCAGGUGUGAUUACUAUGCGUACUAUCAUUAAGGUCAUCAUUAAAAUUGCUGUUAUCUGAAUAUUGUAUACCAUAAAAGGGCUUUAUAUUAGCUACUAUAACGGUAAAGAAAGAGGUUUAUAUAUUAUGUUUAUAAUAUAUUCAUCACCCCAAUCCACAGACAUAACUAGCUGUGGAUCUGUCCCAGCACUUUUUAUUUGUGUUCAUGUGUAGAGACAAUAUAAAGAAAAUGGCUUUAAAUAAAAGCAUAACAGAUCCAUAAAAGACCUUAAUCUGUCAUUACCUAACACUGCUGUUCCAAUAUUCACCCAGGUUUUGUUUGACAGUCUGAAGUUCAGUGCUGCAUUAUAACCUGAUAAGGCUUUCAACACAGUAUGAUCAUGCUUGUAACACUGUAUUAUUAUACAAAUGUACCUUGCUUCUGGUGUGUUAAUGUGUUUUGACAGAUCAAAGAUAUAAAAGGACCCUGAUUUAAUAUAGGUCUGUACAGUUUUCUCAUGUU